AUGAGCACCACAGUUGAGGGUGUAGUUCAGCCUGGUGCUCUUAUAAUAAUUCUCCCUCUGCAGCUGGAAGUAGCAAGGCCAGAGGUUCAAAGGAAUUCGCUGCCAGCUGAGAAUCUCAAUGAGGAAGAGUGGGUAACUGUUUAUGGAUUUUCUCCAGGUGAUACUAAUUUGGUUUUAAGGGAGUUUGAAAAAUGUGGUGAAAUUUUGAAACAUGUUCCUGGUCCUAGAGAUGCUAAUUGGAUGCAUAUUUUAUAUCAGAAUCGUUCUGAUGCACAGAAAGCCCUUAACAAGAAUGGAAUGCAGCUCAAUGGAGUCCUAAUAGUUGGUGUGAAACCCUUGGAUCCCAUGCAACGUCAAGCAUUGGAUGAACGUCUUAACCAUCAGAAUGACAACUCAACUUCUCAUCAAACUGGAGGAGCCAUUGUUUCUCCAACAAAAUUAAGGGUGCACAGGAUGAUGGAUUGGAUAUUUGGAGUCUAGAUGAGCUAUAAUGGUGGAUCAGAUUAUAUCAUUCUGUUUUGUUUUAAAUGACGAGUGGCUGUUUCAGCUAUUCAAAUGCUGUUAAAAAGUUUGGCAUGCCUUCUGGAUUUGAGUUGGAAUGUUUAUUCUUUGGAUGCUAGUGGUUGGAUUUUAUUUCUUCAUAAUGUUUCAUUCUUAUUGGAUAACUA